AUGCAGAUGGGACAGAUGGCUAAUACCUUCAACAGGAUGGAAGAGGGGAAACUUCCAAGUCAGCUGGUAGCCAACCCGAAGGGACACUACAUGGCAGAAGCAAGUACUUCAAAUCAUCAGCAAAUGCUAGCCAUCACCACAUUGCGUAGUGGAAGAAUGGUCGACAAUCAUGUGCAAGAAAAGGUGGAUGAGCAUACUGAGAUCCCACAAAAUUUGCAGAAAGACACAGGUAAGCAAGUAAACACUAAGGCUUCUUCUUCAUCUGCUCCCACUCUUGAGAUACCAUAUGAGCCUCGGGUCCCAUCCCCAAAACAUCUCAAGGCACCUUCUCACUUCGGGAAACAAGGAGAGAAAAUACAAGAUAUGAUGGAGGUUUUCAAACAGGUCAAAUCUAUCCUUCAGCACAGUCUCCCUCCCAAGUUUAAGGACCCUGGUGCUCCCACCAUCUCCUGUAUUAUUGGAGACCACAAGAUUGAUAAAGCCCUCCUUGAUUUGAGGGCUGGAGUGAAUCUAUUUCCGUACUCGGUCUAUAUGCAACUGGGUUUGGGGGAAUUAAAGCCCACACCAAUUAUCUUGCAAUUGGCUGAUCAAUCCAUCAAGAAACCGCGGGGAAUCAUCGAGGAUGUUAUUAUUCAAGUCAACAAUUUCUAUUUCCCCAUGGACUUCAUUGUUCUUGAUACUAAACCGGUGGAUAAUCCCAAAAAGAUGAUCCCUGUAAUCCUCGGUCGCCCUUUCUUAGCUACAGCUAAUGAGAACAUAAAUUGUAGGACUGGAAUUAUGAUGAUCAGGUUUGAGAAUCUGAAGGUAAACUUGAACAUGUUCCACACCUUCCAGCAACCACUGGAUAAAGCUGAAUGCUUCUUUCUAGACUCUAUAGAAAACUUGGUUGCAGAGCCCCCUCCUUGCAUUCUUACUAAAGAUCCCUUCGAGGUUGGUAUGACGCACAUCAAAGUGGAUAAUUGUGAUACAGGGCAAUCCAUAGGCCAAGCAAAUUACUGGCUUCCCACUACUACCAAACUCGACGUUCCUCCAUUGGCCAUAUCUAGAACGUCUCGAUUACUGCUUCCAGGUAACAUUCUUUCCUAG